GCUCUCAGUCAGACUGAGUCAGUUUGUCAGGAGAACUCAGGAACAUGGCUUCAUCCUUCCUCUGCCUCAGCCUCCUCUUCAUCAGCCUCAGCACAGCAGAUGGAUUUUUGGAGUAUAAUGUGUGGCGCUGUGCGUUUACCUCCCCUGACCUGAAGGACAUCGAGUUCUAUCUUUCUUACAAUUAUAACAAAAUUAAGUACGUCGAGUUCAGCAGCAGCUUGGGGAAGUUUGUUGGAUACAAUGAAGUUGGAGUGAAGCAGGCAGAGGCCUGGAACAAUGAUCAGGCACAGCUGGCUGUAUGGAAGACUCAGAAGGAGGCGUACUGCAAACACAACAUUGGUAUCUGGUACAGCGGCUUUCUGCCUAAAUCAGUUUCACCUACUGUCAGAAUCCAGUCAUCAGCAGCGUCUUCUGGUCACCAUCCUGCCAUGUUGGUCUGCAGUGUCUAUGACUUCUUUCCCAGUAAGAUCAAAGUGAGCUGGCUGAGAGAUGGAAAGGAAGUCACCUCUGAUGUCACUUCCACUGAGGAGAUGGCAGAUGGUGAUUGGUACUACCAGACCCACUCACACCUGGAGUACACACCCAAGUCUGGGGAGAAGAUCUCCUGUAAGGUGGAGCACGCCAGCCUGAAGGAACCUCUGAUCACUGACUGGGACCCGUCCAUGCCUGAGUCAGAGAGGAACAAACUCGCCAUCGGAGCCUCAGGACUGAUCCUGGGUCUGAUCUUAUCUCUGGCUGGAUUCAUCUACUACAAGAGGAAGGCCCGAGGUCGUAUCCUGGUUCCCACAAAUUAAGGAUGGAUCCUGGUCCUGUUUGUGUCUGAUGUUAUAAAAGCAGCUGCUUCCUGUGUUCAGACUGAUGAUGAUGAUGAUGAUGAUGAUCUCUGUCUGGACUCUGACACUGUGCUGGUGUAGACUUGAUCCAGAACCAUCUCAGUGAUCGUUGUGGUUUCACUGGAUCCUGGAUCAGAUUCUUUGUGGACCUUGCUAUUUGAUGCUUCACUGUGUAAUCUCAUAUAAUCCAUGUAAUAUAAUCCCUGUAAUCCAGGUCUAUGAGUGACUGUCUUCUCUCUUCUUGCUUGAUUCACAUUUACAGAUUUUUACUGAACAUCUUCAAACCAAAAUAAAUGACUCAGACUCUCA